AUGUCUCGACAACAGGAAAGCGUUUAUGCACCUCCCGAAGUUAUCGUGAUUGACGAUGAUGAUGAUGCUGAUGAUUCUGAUGAAGGUAUUGAUGAGGGAUAUGGCUUGUCUGAUUUCGAUCUUCAACGUUCCGAGCAAGCAUUGAUACGUAGUAGUAGUUUAGAUAAUAGUGUAAAUAUUCGUACCACCAAUGUAAGAAUGGUGGCAAGACGUUCCGUGCCUUUCACCGAACAAGAGCAAAGCCAAGCUUCAUCCUCUGACAGUCAACAACGGCUUCCGAUGAUCACUGUUCCCCUAAACCCUUCUGUACAGCCUCAGCCUCCUCCAACAUUUUCACUUCCGAAUACUCUUCAUCAUUCCGUUCGAACUACAUCGUCAUCAUCAAGAAACGUUGUACAAAAUAGUGUCAACAGAGAGAGUCAAAGAAACAUUGAUCCACGUUCUAUGGAUACAAUACAAUCGCCUGUGGUCGCGAGUAGCUCUUUAUCACUGGACAGACAAAGACCCACACGAACAUCCUCUCAUAAUUCGUCUUCCAACUCAACAACACCACAAAGCAGAGUAACUUCCGGCCAAGUUGCAGGCAAAACUCUCCCUUCCAAAGAUCCAAGGAAGAGCAACCAAACAACCAAAAAAAGGAAACGUACCAAGUGGUUGAAAGAAAUACGGAAAUAUCAAAAGAGUACGGAGCUGCUCAUUCCACGAUUGCCAUUCCAAAGAUUGGUUCGAGAAAUAGGGUUAAAAGUAGCAUCUGAAAGAGGUUUUGGACUGUUAUGGAAACCAGACGCUUUUGCAUACCUCCAUCAUGCUUCAGAGGACGCAUUAGUGGACCUACUACGAGAUGCGAACCUGUGUGCUAUUCAUGCUAAAAGACAAACUCUUAAGGCAAAAGAUAUGCAUCUCGUUCUGAAAUUGAGGCCAUUGGUUAAUUCAGCAAAUAGAAUUGACGAAGCUUGUGCAAAAGAGGUUGCCAAUGAGCAAUUAAAUCAAUCCUUCCAAGAUGAUCCGAAUGAUGGCGAUUACCAAGAAGAAGACAUGGAAAAUUCAGAAGAUGAAUCCGUUCUCGACGAUGAAGAGUAG